AAAAACAAAAAUGCAGAACCUAAAGGCAAUUUGUUAAACUGAAAUCAUUGAGAGGAAACUGUGGCGUUUCCAGUGCGGUUAUUGUCGCGUUUGUGUCGCGUUCAGCUAAAUCUCUUAAACUUGUUCGCAAUCCAUUGCGAAAAAAAUUUAAAAUUCAAUUCAUGAAUUAAUAAUAAUUAGCGGGCAAGAGAAACGAAAUGUUCGCAGUGCUGAGUGAGAAAGAUUUUUGAGCAAAUUUUUGGGUGCACCAGGAUCCAGGCACCAGGAGCUACGUCCUACGUCCUAUACCACGUCCUAACACUACCACUCUCGCCUGCCACCCGAUCGAGCUGGGCUGGGCCAUCAUGAGCCACGCCUCCUGCCGCCCGCUUAUCCUGCCGCUGUGCCUGCUCGUCCUGUCCACGCUAAAUGGUCCUGCCACGGCGGCCAGUCGCGUCCGUGUCAGCUCCUCGACCACGAUGACGCGCAACAUUGAGGAGGAGAAUGCUUUACUUUACUUACUUGCUGGUCCGCCCGUGCUGUCCGAGUCCAUUAUGGGAACGGUCGGUCGCCUGCCCUGCAACGUCACCCCGCCCAUUUACGAGGACCGAGUGGCACUGGUCAUCUGGUACAAAGUUGGCCUAAAGACGCCCAUUUACAGUGUGGAUACACGGGACUCGAAUUUCGCUCAGGGCACCCACUGGUCGGACGAGACAUACCGGGAACGGUUAUCCUUUCACGUGGAAGGACGUGCCGGCACUCUGACCAUCAAGUCAACCACCGAGGACGACACGGGCGAGUAUCGGUGCCGCGUCGACUUCCAGAAGAGUCCCACGCGUAACUCCAAAGUGAAUUUAACUGUCAUAAUUCCGCCCGAAUCUGUAAUUAUAUUGGACAGCAAGGGAGCCACCAUUAAGGAUCACACGCUGGGGCCCUACAACGAGGGCUCCGGCAUCAACAUCACGUGCGUGGCCAUCGGCGGUCGCCCGCAGCCGAGGGUUACCUGGCUGCACGGCAACACCGUCUACAAGGACGCCAACGUGGGCCAAUCCCUCUCGGAGCGGCGGGUGGGCAAUGUCCUGUCACUGCCAAGGCUGGAGCGCAAGAAUCUUCACAUGCAGCUAACGUGCCGGGCGGAGAACAAUAAUUUGACAACGCCAAUUAUCAGCAGCGUUGUCCUCGACAUGAACUUACGCCCUCUGAUUGUGAAGCUGCAGGGAGAGAAUCGACCACUCUCGGCCGGGAAUUCUUAUCAGCUCAGCUGCGUUGUCAUCGGAGCACGUCCAGCCCCGACGAUUACCUGGUGGAAGGGCAGCACCCCCAUGAAGAAUACUCAUGAGAUUGCCAAUCCGGACGGCAAUAUGACCACCUCGGUGCUGACAUUCACGCCCACCAUCGAUGACCGCGGCAAGUUCCUGUCCUGCCGCGCCGAGCAGAGCAUGAUACCCGAGUCCGGGCUGGAGGACGGCUGGAAGUUGGACAUCUAUCAUAUUCCGGUUGUGAGCCUUGAACUCGGCACCAAUUCCCUGAACUCGACGCUGCGCGAAGGAAUCGAUGUCUUCUUCGAGUGCAACAUCAAGUCGAAUCCCUGGAUCUAUCAAGUUAGCUGGCGGCACAACGGUGAGAUCCUGUCCAACAAUCCCGCCGAAGGCAUUGCCGUCUCCAACCAGAGCCUGGUCCUCCAAAAUGCCAGCCGGGCCAGGAGCGGCAUCUACACGUGUGUGGGCAGCAACCGGGAGGGCGACGGCGAAAGUAAUCCCGUCCAGCUGGACAUUCGAUUUGCUCCGGUUUGCCGACCUGGCCAACGAACCACUUACAGUGCCGGCAGGCAGGAAACAGUCAAGGUGGCCUGUGAAAUUGAUGCCAAUCCCUCGGAGGCCACCUAUGUCUGGAAAUUUAAUGCAAGCCAUGGCGAAACCAUUGACAUACUCUCCUCUCAGGUUGCCGUGGAUCGGGGCCGCAGUAUUGCCCACUAUACCCCACAAACGGAGAAUGACUACGGAACGCUGUUAUGCUGGGCCACCAACGAAAUUGGCGAUCAAAGUGAACCCUGCGUAUACACAAUAGUCCCAGCAGGCGAACCGGAUCCUUUACUCAAUUGCACGGUACUGAACCAGACAUCGACGGGCUUCCAAAUCGAAUGCAUCGAAGGAUUCGACGGCGGACUGCAGCAGGACUUUAUAAUGGAGGUUUAUGCGAACGGAACGACUCGCUAUCCCAAAAUUUCCAAAUCAAAGCGACCGUACUUUGAGGUGAGCGGUCUGGUGCCCGGCAUGGGCUACAAUGUCUUCCUCAUCGCCCACAAUAGCAAGGGUCGGAGCAAUGCCACCAUUUUGCAGGUCUACACCCUCAAGGAUCCCGAAAAGCAGACGGUUAAAAUAACAUUUACUAAGUCCUAUCAAGGACUAAGACCUGCUUAUCCCAAGCAGCCAAAAGCACCGUCUACCACCGCCAGCGACUGCGUUUGCGACGAGGACGAGUUCAUCAACUUGGGCAAGAUAGUUGGCCACGACGCGGGCAGGGAUCUUGACCAGCAAGAAGACCUCUCCUUGGCCUAUGCCCCCGUCAUCGAGGACAUCCGGCCAUUCCUCGGAAUCCUCGCCGGCAUCGUGGGCAGCAUUUUCCUGGUGGCCCUCAUCAUUGUGAUUGUGGUGCGUGUGCGCGGCUCGUCGGGACGCGAUCGUAAUAAUUACUCGCAUCCGGGCAGCGGCGGCGGAGUCGGCGGCACCACCGGCCCCGGAGGCGUCGGCGGCGGCGGAGUGGGCGGCGUGGGCGUCGGCACGGCCACUGCCAAUGGCAAUGGCAGCCUGGGUCUCCUGUCCAGCAACAACAACGGCAGCCUGGUCAUCGGCACUCUGGGUCACAAUGGCGGGCAAUCAGUGCAGGAUAUGCAUCGGAUCGGCCGGGAGACGUGCCAUGUGACGAGCAGCCUGGACAGCAUUGACAAGAACCCGGACAUCAUACCACAAGACGGUCAUGACGUCGACGAUGAGUGGACGACAAAGGGUCAUGGUCGCACUUACGCCACGGCAGCUUUGGCCGAGCAGAACGCCGUGAUUACGUCCGGCACCUAUGAUCACCUGAUGCCCACAUACGCCGUCGUCGACAAGAAGACAGGACCUCCCCCCGGCCACGGACCCUACAUCCAGUAUAAUACGCUUAUUCCCGUUAGCAAAAUGGGCGCUUACGCCAAUCAACAGCAACAACAGCAGCCGCCGCCACAGAAGACUGAGCUCAGCUACAGCGAACUGGCCGCUCCGCUGGUGGGCAGCGCGGUGGGCGUCCAAAGGAUGGCCCCAUAUUGCAGUGCGACCCUGGGCCGGCCGGGCAGACAGGCGGAACUGAAGCGGGCCGAACCGAACAUCUACUCCCAGAUCGAUCUGGCCCACCAUCCACUGCCCAUGUACUCCACGAGCCCGAUGUUUGGCACGAACAGCACCAUCACCGGAGUCACCAUGUCACAUCCAUCACAAUUGGCCACCUUCUCGCCGACGCCGCCGCCGCCCAUCUUUGCCCACAGCGUGGUGACCACCGGCGAUGGCCUCCUGCAGCCGGUAACGUGCAUGGGUCUGGUGGCAACAUCUUCGGCAGCGGCAGUGGGAAGCGGGAACAUGCCCCUGCCCCCGCAGCAUCAGCAACAGCAGCAGCUGACAGCGGCCAAUGGCGGCGGAAACGGAAGCAUCGUCGGCAUGGGCAUGAGCCUUUAUGGCAGCGAUGUGGGUAAGCCACAGCUGCUAAAGACCGUGCCGGAGGAGCUGCACCACCAGCUCAACGGGGAGGAUGUCCUGAUCGCCCAGGACCGCAACAUGGGCACAGGGACACGCUUCUGACGCUAAGCUGUCGGCCACGAUGAACAACUAAUCUGAAGCAGGAGCUAAAACAGGAAAUGCAAAUCAAAACCAUAACCAAAACCAAGAGAGAACUACUAGUGGCAGAGGCCACUGAUAAAUCGGGGAGUAAUUGGUAAACAAAUUGACUAUAAGUUGUAUGUGAUGAGGGCGCAGGAUGACAUUGAUUUUAAAGGAGCAGAGCUGAACAGAUGUAAAAGUCACCUAAGUUGACAUUUUUUUUAAAAAUAAAGCAAAAGGACAUAAUACGAGCAUUCCAAAUGAUGGGGGAUAAUCCUGUAAAGAGAUAACAAUAAAAAAAUACCGUGCAUGUAAAUUGUUCGAAACGAGACAGUGAAGCUGAGCAUGGUAAUUCCAUUAGGACUUGUAAGGACACUUGUAAAUUAUGGAAUACAAUUAACAUUUAUAGCUAUAAUUACGAAUAAAACUAAAUUGGAAAACACUGAAUUGUUAAUAUAUUUUUAAAUAACAGCUUUAUGCGCCAAAAGGGGAUGGAAAAGUAUGGAAACUUUUAGCUAAGUAAACGAAUUCAUAAUUGUUGUUGACUUUAGUUCGAGUAACCUAAUUCUGAUUACCAUUUAGCUUGUAACUUGGGCAUAACUAAGGCAUUUAAAACAUCUAAAUCAAAUUCAUCUAGCUGUAAGCUCAAACAUAGAUUAGUUCAAAUUGUAAUUAUGAGAAAAUCC